AUGAGGAAAUCAUUGGUGGUGGUGCUGGGUGUGGUGGUGGCAGCUGCAGCCAUGGCGGUGGCGGCGUCGGCUCACGACGUCCCGUUCACGGACAAGGACCUGGAGUCGGAGGAGAGCAUGUGGAGCCUGUACGAGAGAUGGCGCAGCGUGUAUGCGUCGUCGUCGUCGUCGGGCACUACUACAGAUCCGGGCUUCAGUGACGGGUCAUCUUGGGGGGACCUCGCCGAAAAGGUUAGCAGGUUCGAGGUGUUCAAGAAGAACGCCAGGUACAUCCACGAAUUCAACAAGAGGAAGGGCAUGUCCUACUGGCUCGGCCUCAACAAGUUCGCCGACAUGACUUCCGAGGAGUUCAUGGCCAAAUACACCGGCGCCAAGGUAGACGACACCGGCGUCUCCGGCGCCGGCGCUGCAAGCGAGCCGAUCGAGGAGGAGCAGCUGCUGGUCGGCGACGUGUCCCCUCCGGCGACGUGGGAUUGGAGGCAGCAUGGUGCUGUGACUGAUGUCAAGGACCAAGACGGUUGCGGGAGCUGCUGGGCGUUCUCGGCGGUGGGCGCGGUGGAGGGGAUAAACGCGAUCAUGACAGGGAACCUGCUGACGCUGUCGGAACAGCAGGUGCUCGACUGCUUCGGCGCCGGCGACUGCUCCGGCGGUUGGCCCGACCAGGCGCAGCAGUACAUCGUCAAGAACGGGAUCACCCUGGAUCGGUGCGGGAAGGAACCGUACUACCCGGCCUACGAUGCCACGAAGCAUCCGUGCAGAACGGUGGCAGGCAAACAACCCAUCAUCACGGUGGACGAUGUAAAGUGGGUGAACAAAAGCGAGGCCGCCCUGCUGCUCAAAGUCUACCAGCAGCCCAUCUCUGUGGCACUCGACGCCAGCGGGUGGCAGUUCUACCAAGGGGUCAGCGAUUAUCUCUCUCACCAAUAAUAUUCACCUAAUUCAAUUCGCGAGUGAAAUUUAAUUAAAAUGCUGAAAAUGAACUUAUCACUGUGCAUGCAUGGAUGCAGGGCGUGU